UUGAAUAUUGGCCUAAACUGCGCCUCCUAAACAUAACCACAAUGUCGUCUUUGCCGGGAUCAGUCCCUCGGAUGAUGAGGCCAGCACCAGGACAGAACUAUCCCCGCACCGGCUUCCCCUUAGAAGUUUCCACACCACUGGGUCAAGGGCGCGUGAAUCAGCUUGGCGGCGUUUUUAUUAACGGCAGGCCUUUGCCUAACCAUAUCCGGCAUAAAAUAGUGGAAAUGGCGCAUCACGGAAUUCGGCCGUGCGUGAUCUCGCGCCAGCUGCGGGUCUCCCACGGGUGUGUGUCCAAAAUCCUGUGCAGGUAUCAGGAGACAGGAUCCAUCCGACCUGGAGCUAUAGGGGGGAGUAAACCCAGGCAGGUGGCAACGCCGGACGUGGAGAAAAGAAUAGAGGAGUACAAGCGCGAGAAUCCUGGCAUGUUCAGCUGGGAAAUCCGCGAUAAACUGCUGAAGGACGGGGUGUGUGACAGAAGCACAGUUCCUUCAGGUGAGGCCUCACCUGUGAGCUCGAUAAGCCGAGUGCUUCGCGCCCGAUUUGGCAGGAAAGAAGAUGAAGACGAUUGUGAUAAAAAAGAUGAAAGUGGGGAGAAGAAAACAAAACACAGCAUUGAUGGCAUACUGGGUGACAAAGGGAGUCGUGUAGACGAGGGCUCAGACGUGGACUCGGAGCCAGACCUGCCGCUGAAGAGGAAGCAGAGACGCAGUCGAACCACGUUCACCGCCGAGCAGCUGGAGGAGCUGGAGAAGGCCUUCGAAAGGACACACUACCCUGACAUCUACACCCGAGAGGAGCUGGCUCAGAGGACUAAACUCACAGAGGCUCGAGUACAGGUGUGGUUUAGCAAUAGACGAGCCAGAUGGCGCAAACAAGCUGGAGCCAAUCAACUUGCUGCAUUCAACCACCUGUUACCAGGAGGUUUUCCAGCAACAGGCAUGCCAACUCUGCCCACAUACCAGCUCCCUGACCCCAGCUACACUGCUAGCACGCUAUCGCAGGAUGGCAGUAGCACAGUGCACCGGCCGCAGCCUUUGCCUCCCUCCACCAUGCAUCAGAGCAGCCUCUCCAGUGAAAGCAACACCGCCUACGGCCUCUCGUCCAAUCGGCACAGCUUUUCCAACUACACUGACACUUUCAUGAGCCAGUCAGCAUCCAGCAACCCCAUGAACCCCGUCAACAAUGGCCUCUCUCCACAGGUUAUGAGCAUCCUGAGCAACCCAAGCACCAUGGCUCCUCAGCCGCAGCACGACUUCUCCAUCUCACCCUUACACAGUGGACUCGAGGCUUCCAAUCCUAUCUCAGGAAGCUGCAGUCAGCGCUCAGAGCCCAUCAAGACAGCAGAAAGUCUGGCUUCAUCUCAAUCCUAUUGCCCUCCCACCUACAGCUCCACCAGCUACAGUGUGGACCCUGUCACAGCUGGCUACCAGUACAGCCAGUAUGGCCAGACUGCCGUAGACUACCUGGCUAAGAACGUCAGCUUGUCCACACAAAGGAGGAUGAAGCUCGGGGAACACUCAGCCGUCUUGGGACUGCUACAAGUGGAGACGGGCCAGGCCUAUUGACAGACUCGUCCUCUGGAACAUCACUUCUCUUUUUCACCAGCAUCCCUCCAUCCACUGUGCUGUGCGAGAGAAAAGAGAAGUAGCAAAAUUCAUAGACAGCCUUAGACCCCUAACCUAUGGCUGAGUGAAUACAAAAGCCAUUUAAUAAACAGACACUAUAGUGCCACUUCUCAUCUCUCUCCCUGUCCAUCCCAUUUCUCGUCCCCCAGUGA